GAAGAGGAGAAGGAGGGAGAUAGUUUCCAGCUGAGGGAAGGACCAGGAGUGCCUAGAAGAGCUCAGCCGUUGAAGUGACCGACAUGAAGCAGCUGUCUAUCGUCCUCGUCCUCGGAUGGCUCUUGGCAUGCCCUCAUGCGACAGCUUCUGUCGAGUUGGAUGGGCAUGCAUUCCUCGACGCGGUCGCCAGGGGUGAGGAGCAGGCUGUGAAUGAGAUGCUCUCAUCUGGCAUCAACCCCGACCAAGUCUUGACACCCUCUGGAGAGACCGCAGUGCACCUGGCAGCCCUGUCAGGAAACCUCAAUAUCCUCCAUGCACUCCUGCAGGCAGGAGCGAAUGUGAACGUCAUCACUACUGGAAGCGACGGAUUGCUUCCGAUUGAAAAGCGCACACCCUUGAUGUGGUUUGCGUCGUCGUGCCAAGUUGACGGAGUCCAGGCGCUUGUCGAUGCUGGUGCAAGAGCUGAUAUUGAGAACGAGAAUGGACAGACGGUGCUUGCUUUGAUCCAGAAUCAUGUAGGAGAUGAAUGCGCGAAAGUGAGGAAAAUUCUUCAGGAGCUCGAAAAAAAGGCAGGGAGUACAAUGAAGCAAUGAAAUCUGACACCUAGCAAACAUUGAACAUACCUGAUGAGAAACUUUGUGUUAUGUGUUUAUGCAGCAAUUUCGUUACCUUUGCUGGCAUUCGGACUGAAAGCGUGAGAUGUUUUGGGGAUGAUUUUUACAGUGUGAUUGCGAAUGCCAG